GCUUCCACCAACUGGAUCUAAUCCAGACCUUGUACGAAGUAGUCCAGCUCCAACAUCAACAGCUUUAAAACCUGAAACUGCCUCUGCAAAAAUUGAAAGUCCUUCUAGUAAGCCUUCUGCGGAUAAACCUGUUGCAACAGACAUAAUGAGUAAAUCUUACACACAAAUUUCAAAAUCGGAUAGUCCGACUCGUAAGAUGAUAAGUGGGAGUAAACUCCCCACUUCUACUACCACUACUACAUCAACACCGCCUAUCCCUACUGGUAUUAAAAUGCCAAUAAAUCCUUCAGAGAUCUCACAAACAACAGCAGCACUUAGUGAUGUAAAAGCGGCUGCGCAGAAGGUGGAUUCUGAAAAUGCACCAAGUGAACUUAGAGAUACGUCUCAAAAAAUACCAAAAACAUCUGUAUCAGCUGUUCCAAGUGGUACUGGUAAGUACAUCCCAGACACAGAGUUGGAACUGGCAAAUCUACGUGCUGAAGUAAUCGAAUUUCGUGAACAAAUUGAUGCUUUAAAAGCUAAACGGGAAGAAGAUAAAAAUAGAAUACAAGAAUUAGAACGUGUUAAAAUUCAGCUGUCACAAGUUGAAGAGAAUCGACGUCGAAUCCGACAACAAGCAGCUGAAUUACAACGUGAAAUUGCUCAAUUAAAAACAGAAAAAGCUGAAGUCAAAGAAGCAUUUGAUCGUUAUCGUGAAGAAGUAUCUGAAAUGGUUGAAAAUAUAGAAAUGAUCACUUUAGAUAAAGAAAUGACCGAAGAAAAACUAGAAAAAUUGACUGGAGAAAUUGAAUUACUUAAGGAACAAGUAGAAGAAUUAACUCUUGAGAAUCAAAUCUUGAAAGAAGAAUUUGAAGAAAAAGUAUCAGUCGGUGUUGAAGGCGGUCCAACUCUCUUACAGUUUAAAAAUCUUGAACAACAAAAUGAACGAAUGAAAGGAGCACUGGUCAAGCUACGUGAUUUGGUUAAUCAAGAUAAAUCGGAAAUUUCAGCUUUAACUAAACAG